GAAUGAUGAAAUGACGUUUGUUUUUCCUCAAGUUCAUAAAUAAUAAUAUUGUAAUUAAAUUAAUUAUUGUAUUGUUUUCAUUUAAGAAAUAUCAUAAAGUAACUAUAUGAUGCUGUAUGGUUAUUCACAUUGUUAUAAGAAAGUUAACAAAAAAUAAAUUUCUUUAAACUUAAAAAUUAAACCUUUAUAAACAAAAACGAAAAAUUUAAGAAUUGAUAUCAUGGAAAAUAGUUUAUUGGAAGCAAUUAAGUCAGGCAAUAUGGGAUGUCAUUCAGAGUUGACUAUCAUACCUAUAUCACAAAGUUCAAAAUCCAACAGUCAAUAUGCAGUUUCUUCUACUUCCCCACAAAGUACAGUAUCAUUAUCAUUAGUACCAAAUACUAGUAGUGGUAAAUCAAAAAAUAAGCAUUCAUUACCAUCAAAUACACAAGGAGGUGCACCUCGCAAGCGUGGAAAAUCUAGUAUGCCUCAAUUAAACCACAUGGUCAAUGAUAUGAACAAUUACAAUCCACUCUUAGACCUGACAAUGAAUCGUAAACAUCAUAACUAUCCUAAUUAUAAUGCUCAAUACGAACAACAAUGGCCAUUUAAUUUGCCGUUUAACUAUCCUGAAUUGUUAAUGAAUUUUAGUCAAGUUAAUAAAAGAAAAUCAUAUGCAUAUGAACAACCUAAAGAAAAGACUGCGGUGAAUUACAACAAAGAAAACACACAAAACAAAACUAAACAUUAUAAACACGAACAUAUGCCUCCACCUUCUACUACUGCAGACCGAAUAUCUGGUCAAUUAGAAAAUGUUGAAAAAACAUUUGAUAUUGAUUCUUUAAGUAGUGAAGAUGGCUGGGCUAAAUAUAGAGAGUUAUUGACAGUUAUUGAAGAAAUGUCUGGGUCGAUCCGACCAAUUUACACAGGUUGUAAGAACUCUACUGAAAGAUUGAAAAAGUCAAUUCAUAAAGCUAAAGCAUUAGUAAGUGAAUGUUUAAAGGAAGUUGAAAAAGUAUCUAGACAACUUUAAGAAUCGUAUAUACAUAAUUAGUAAUCAAAUAAUUUAAAACAAUUUUUGGUUUUUUCUUUUUAUUUAAAAACAGUCAAUGUAAAACUAAUCAUUUACAAAAUCACUUUAAUAGAUCAAAAAAAUUAUACCUAACACUAAUAUUUUUAGUACCAAUGGUUAAAGACAACAAAAUAUAAAUAAG